GACUGGUUAUCUCGGUUUGUCGAAAGGUACGGGAACCAGAUAACAAAAAGUAAACAGUAAAAGGCAACCACACUAAUUACAUUCUUUACAAGUAACAGCAGUAGGUCUUGAUAUAAAAAAAAAUGAAAAGAUUACAGAAGGUUGCUGUCAUAACUGGAGGCAAUUCGGGCAUUGGACUAAGUGUGUGUGAAAGACUCCUGACCUUACACAACAACCUUGAACUUUGUCUGCUGUGUAGAAAUAAACAUAGAGCAGAGGUUGCUAAGAAUGCCUUGUUAGUUUCACACACACAGUCUUCAAUUACUAUAGUUAUUAUGGAUACCAGUGAUGUCAAAUCUGUAUUCAAAGCAGCUCAAGAUCUUAAACAGAGAUAUGAAGGAAUAGACUAUCUGUAUCUGAAUGCUGGUAUCAUGCCUGUGACUGGAGUUAACUGGACAAAUGUAGUCAAAGGAGUACUAUCCUCGAAUUGUGCCCAUGUUUUGUCCACAGGAGAAGGUUGUUUAUACCACACAGAUGAAACAACAAAAGAUGGACUGAAGAAUAUAUUUGCUUCAAACCUAUUUGGACACUAUACCUUAAUAAAAGAGCUUGAAGAUAGACUUGGAGGUGACAAAGAUACACAAAUCAUCUGGACAUCUUCUAGGGCAGCCAUGAAAUCUUCCUUUGAUAUUACAGAUAUUCAGCAUAAAAAUGGAGAAAAUCCCUAUUCCUCCUCUAAGUAUGUGAUAGAUACUGUUAGUGUGUCACUCAAUAAUAAACUCAAUAAAAAGAGAAUAUAUUCUCAUACCACGUGUCCUGGAUUAGUGAUGUCUAAUUUGACCAAUGGAGUUUUACCAUAUUGGAUAUGGUGCAUAAUAUAUCCACUUCUUAUUAUGUUGCGGUUAUUUUGUCCAAGUUUAACUUGUUCUUCUUACAUUGGGAGCGAAGCAAUGGUCUGGUUAUCCACACAGAAUCCCCAGUUGUUGAAGCCUGAGGACAAAUAUAACAGUGAUGUAGAUAUUUUUGGGAAAACCCAUGUAUCAAUAGUAAAGUUAGACAUAGACACAAAGACAGAAGAAACAGUAUGCAGUAAAUUAGAUGAACUGUACAAAGAAUUCAAAACCAAAUACUGUUGAUAUCAGCUUCAAGAUUAGAUAAAAACCAACUUUCUAUAAAACCAAAUGAAUUCUGGGAGAUAAUAAUCUGUGAUAUUGAUACAUUAGAACCAAAUUUUUAGUUAUCACCCGGUAUUAUUGCAAACAUUCUUUUAUUGUUAUUUUUAUAUGUUUAGAUUGUUAAUGUAACGAAUAACACUUUUGACUGGAUUAUUUAUACAUUAUUGAAACUGAAUAUUAUCAUGAUUAUACACAAUUUUGUAUCUUUAUUUUAGUCUGGAUAAAUUUUAGAAAAGUUGUAAAAAAAACUGAACAAUUUUGCAUUAAAAAAAAUGUUCUAAAAUGGAUGAAAAAGAACAGUCAUGUAACAUUGUCACUGUACAGAAAAAACAAGGUUUAUUAGUUUAAACAUAUUUAUUUAUAGUGGCAAAGGAAAUAGGUUAUAACAACUUAUUAAACCCUUUCCACUUUGCUGGUGCAAGUGCUGACUUGUAACGGCAUAAGCCUGCUCUUUUUUUUUUAAAUAUGCAAAGAUGUCUUUUAUGUGCUUAUUCAUAAUUGAGAAAUUCACACUUUCUGUUUAUGUAACAAUUAUAUUUGCCAUAACAAUGUAAAUUCUAAAACAAAUAACUUCUUGAGAAUUUGCAUAUGUAAGCAAAACAAAAGUUUUUUAUGUAAAUUUAGACCAUUUGGAUAAAAAAAAUUGUCUUUAAACAUGUGCCAAAUCAAUAUGUGUAAUAUUUUAUCCUAUUCUGAUCAUGUGAAAAUAGAUGUUCACAGAGUUACUCUGUGGAAAAGAAAUUUUAAUAGAGUAAAUUUUUAGCAUAUUUGUUUAUUUAUUUGUAAAUUGAAAACUGUUUUUUUAUAAAGUGUAAAGUGAAUAUUUUAUAUUUAU